AAAGAGAUCUGAUUCAAAUCACACUCUCUGAGUCUCAUCUUUGCUUCUUCCCUAGUUCUUCUCUGGUUAGGAAACAAUGAUGGACCUAACGAAACUGAAGCCUCCACAGAUCACUUUUUAUUGCUCGGCGUUUUCCGUCUUGCUCACAGUUCAUUUUACGAUACAGCUUGUGUCGCAGCAUCUCUUUCACUGGAAGAACCCUAAGGAACAGAAGGCUAUUCUCAUCAUUGUUCUUAUGGCUCCUAUCUACGCCGUUGUUUCCUUUAUUGGUUUGUUAGAAGUCAAAGGAAGUGAAACCUUCUUCUUGUUUCUUGAAUCCAUCAAGGAAUGCUAUGAAGCUCUCGUCAUUGCCAAAUUCUUGGCAUUGAUGUAUAGUUAUUUAAACAUAUCUAUGAGCAAAAACAUUGUGCCUGAUGGAAUCAAAGGAAGAGAGAUUCACCAUUCUUUCCCAAUGACUCUUUUCCAGCCUCAUGUAGUCCGUUUGGAUCACCACACUCUUAAACUUUUGAAAUACUGGACAUGGCAAUUUGUGGUCAUUCGACCAGUGUGCUCCACUUUGAUGAUAGCUUUACAACUCAUUGGGUUUUAUCCUUCUUGGUUGAGCUGGACAUUCACUAUCAUUGUCAAUUUCUCGGUUUCUCUGGCUUUGUAUUCUCUUGUGAUUUUCUACCAUGUGUUUGCUAAGGAGCUUGCUCCUCAUAAUCCACUUGCAAAGUUCCUCUGCAUCAAAGGAAUUGUCUUCUUUGUCUUUUGGCAGGGAAUAGCACUAGACAUUCUGGUGGCAAUGGGUAUCAUCAAAUCUCACCAUUUCUGGUUGGAGGUAGAACAAAUCCAAGAAGCAAUUCAGAAUGUGUUGGUAUGUCUUGAGAUGGUUAUCUUCGCUGUGGUUCAGAAGCAUGCUUAUCAUGCUGGUCCUUACAGCGGUGAGACCAAGAAGAAACUCGAUAAAAAGACAGAAUGAUCAUGGCCCGGCUGGAGUGGGAAUCUACUGGUUUCAUAGCCCAUUUUAUAGCCAAUCCUUGGUGAUCUUGUAUGUUUAUGUUGAGGAGAAAGAACUAAAGGUUUUGCUUUAAAACUUUUGGUUGUCAUGAUUGGGGAAAAAGAAACAAUAAUGUUGAAAAUUUAGA